AUGGCGACGGAACGCUCCCUGGCUGCGCUCCUGCGCUCCCUACAGUCAACAUCCAGUUUCGAGGAUGCAUCUGGACCAGCUGCUAACAGCAACACCUCCUGGAACAGCCUCCUCCCCACGGCGACGAGUUUCCUCUCAAUCCUCGGAAACCCACUAAACCUCAGCCUCCUCGCAUCCCAACUGCUCUCCGCGCCCGCACUAUGGAACCAACCCGUCGACCUGCACGCCUGUCGCAAGAUCCUAAGCAUCUUCAACACAGCCGCAAUCGCCGUCCUGCAAAACGACAGCACCGACGAGCCAAGACCAGCUUACGGGCGCAACCGCAAGAUUGAACGCGAAGCAUGGGUUAAGGCCGUUGCCGAGGGCGCGGACGACAAGUCCCCGCGCUGGAGACAUGUACUCCUACUAGGCGGGAUCCUGCUGGGCUUCGAGGGACAGAACCGCCAGGGUCUGCCGUGGCAUAUCCGGACGAAACUUGAGUCUGCGCUUGCGACGGCGGCGCAGCUGGCGCUUGAAGAAAUGGAUACCGAAGCGGGCAUCGAUGGGCAUUGUGUCACAAUGGUGCUGAACUAUACGUUUGAGCUUCUGUCGGAUAUGGAGCGGAGCAAGAUUAACUAUGACCUGCUGUUGCCGGUUAUGGUGCGCUCGACUUUCUUGUCGCCUGAGGGUUUGGAGGGUGGGUAUUUCCUUGGUGCUAUUGAUAAGGAUGUUGUUGAGGCGCCGGGAAAGAAGUUCCGCUGGUCGCCUCGUUCGGUGACGUUUGGAUUUGUUUCGAAUAUUGCAGGCCGACCGCUUGUGUCGGCGUUGGGGCCUUUGUCCAGGCUUAUUUCGCAUGCCGUGGAUAAUGUGCAGAAUCCGAAUUUGGUGGCGCAGACGGUUGAUUAUAUGGCCGAUUUUGUGAGGACGUUGAUGGUGCAAUGGCGGCAAAAUAAGUUGUCUGAGGUCGAUGUUGCGGAGGAGGCGGAGUUCCUGGAUGCGGAGUCUUUGCAGACUACUAUCCCGGCUUUGUGGAAGGUUUUGAGGAACACGCUCUACUCGGUGGUUAUUGUUCUCCGUGCUGUUCUCGGGAGAACGAUCAAUGACCCGGCUCUUGCUGCGAGCAGUUGUGCACCAUAUCUUUGCAUGCAAUCUCUUCACAUUCUCCGCAAUCUAUACUUCGUGUCCUCUCGAGUCGGACAGAAUUCGUCCUCGCAGCACGCCUUUGUCUUCUUGGCUGCCAUUGACAUCCUCUCACAAUACCCGGAUCUGGCCGAGAACUUCCUCCGCAGCAUCAAGCCCAGCGAUAUCGGACAGAUUCCUGAUCACCCCGUCGAGCGAUGUUUGGAUCUCUUCUUCAUGAAUGCUGCCGAGCACUUCCCGUUGGUCUUGUCGCCUGCAGUCAACGAGGAGUUGCUCUUGUCGGCUGCUUUCCCUUACCUGGCAGUAGGCGCCAACCCGUUGCUGCUGGAGAUUUUCGAAGCCGCCCACAGCGUCGUACUCGUUGUCUUCGCCAUCCCACACAAUGCGGAUCUGGCUAGCAAACACCUACCCUUCUACAUUGAGAACUUGUUUGCUGUCUUCCCGGACAACCUCUCAGCCCGCCAAUUCCGUCUAGCCUUCAAAACAGUCAUCCAAGUGACCGCACCCCCAUCACCGCUAGCAAAUACCCAACCCCUCCUCCCCUCCAUCCUACUAGAGGUAGUCCGAGACCGCGCCCUAAACGCCUCCGCAACACCCAUCGUCCCAACCGCUCAAAACAGCACAACCCCGGAAUUGGGCAACCAACCCCCUCUCUCCGCCCAAACAGUCCUCACCCUCGCCCUCCUCGACUCCCUCUCCUUCCUCCGCGUCGACGAUCUAAAUGAAUGGCUUCCCUUGUCAGCAGAGCUGAUCAAUGCAAUCCCAGACCGCUCCAUGCGCCAGACAUGCAUCGAUCGAUUCUGGGAGGCGAUGAGCGGCGGCGAAAUGGAUGUUGACCGCGCCCAUUGCUGUGUUACGUGGUGGAGUACCCGUGGUGGACGGGAGUUGGUUCUUUAUGGGACUGAGCCUGCGCCUGCUGAGGAGGAGGGGCCGUUUAUGAGUGGAGCUGUGGGCUCUGUGGCGCCGGAGAGUAAACUGUGA